UCUCAUUCCAGGACUUAUUUCUACUUAACAUGAUAUCUCUUACCGCCCUCAUCGUCCUUCUGGCGCUUCUAGCUACCCAGACAUUGACUAUCGAGAUACCGAGGGAUGUGAAGAAUUUCUAUAGCUUCAUCCGAGUCCGGGGCAAGUGCAAACAUGCUCUCUCAACCGGGUUUCACAGCGUUGAGGGGGACAGCGGAGACUUCGUCUACUGCGGGGACUUUGUAGACAAGUACAAAAUCAUCUAUCUUCAAGGAAAGGGGGGCAACCUUGCCAACAUGGACGUAGACUGCGAUGGGGCGCAGGGCGGAGGCGAUGGACGUUGCGGUAGCUCCACCGAUACUCAAUCCGAGACGACUUUCCGCAACGUGUUGAGAGGAUAUAACACAGGUCCACAGGACCUCAACGCCUCGCUGCAUCCUUAUGUCGUUUUCGGCAACGAAGGGACAAAAAGCGGAUGGCCUACCUUUAACCCGAGCCAACAUGGCGUUAAGCCGCUCAGUGUGAUGGCCGUGAUAUGUAACGAUCAAGUGGUCUACGGGAUCUGGGGAGACACAAACGGGGACGAUGGACCUCAAGCUAUGGUUGGUGAGGCUUCCAUUUCCCUGGCUACCGCUUGUUACGGCGACGUCAUAAAUGGCAACGCGGGACACGACGAGAACGAUGUUCUAUACAUCGCCUUCACGGGCGACGAGGCCGUUCCAGGGGCACAGGGCGCCGCCUGGAACGCAUCAACCUAUACCGACUUCGAAAGCAGCAUCACCGACUUAGGGAACACCCUUCUUGCUCGUGUGGGCAGUGGCUGUAACGGCGGGCUUGGCAUAGAAAAAUGGCUCUUAUAUACGACAGUCUUGGUUGGGAGUGUCGUAUUGGCAAUAUAAGUUACUGUAGAUUUUCUAGUGAUAGAACGGUCUGAGGGAAAUAAUGGGCCAAAAUUCAGGGCGCGAGAUAAGGCGGUGUCGGAAGUCGGGGCUGAGACGGAAAAGACGGCAGCAGUUGAAAUGCUCGUUGAAACGCGUGUUUCCUGUUGGCUCUCUCUGGAUAAUCCCUGCGUUGACAGUUUGGAGUUAUUGUCUGGGCCAGAACAUAUGGGCUGCUUCAUAAGUCAUGGGGAUUUCCAGGCAAAUCGAAAUUAGGUUCCUUGUCUAUUUACCGCAAGCUGUAUUUCUUAGUUUUAGUUAUCUUCUUCGUGUUCCUAGUCACAUAUAUACCAGCCGCUGGUUUUCCUUACAGCCAGCAAAGAACAUAAAG